AUGACCGACUCGGAAAAGCAACAAGACAAUGUCUUGCCCUGGGAUCAAGACCCUGAUAACCCCCAAAAUUGGAGCAAACUGAAAAAGACUGUCAACCUCGGCAUUGUUUCCAUGUUAGCUUUUAUCACUCCGCUGGAAUCUUCCGUCAUUGUUCCCGGUGUCCCACUUUUGAAAGACGAUUUCCACGAAACAAGACGGCCCGUGACAUCUCUUGUUGUGUCAAUCUUUGUUCUAGGAUUUGCGUUUGGCCCUCUUCUACUAUCACCGCUAUCCGAGUUGUAUGGCCGACGGUUGCUCUUCAACAUCUCCAACCUAGUUACACUGGGCUUCUCCAUUGGCAGCGCUCUUGCACCGAAUAUUGCGUCUUUCAUUGUUUUUAGAUUCAUCGCUGGCAGCUUUGGGGCUGGGCCUAUGAACAUUGGAGGAGGAAGUAUUGCUGACCAGGUUGCCCUCGGAAAAAGGGGCUUUGUCAUGUCCAUCUUCUUCACUGGCAUUUUUCUUGGGCCUGUAAUCGGACCGGUAAUGGGAGGCUUCAUUGCCAAGAGUCUUGGUUGGAGAUGGGUCUUCUGGGUCAUGGCCAUUGUUAAGGGCCUCAUGACGAUUGUUACCUUUGUAUUCCUUUCCGAAAGUCAUGCUCCGACAAUCCAAAAGCAAAAGGCGAGACAUGCCGCCGAGCAAGUCGUCUCCACCGAAGAGGGCAAGCCCAGCACAAGCGAGGUUCUUCUGAGAGCUGUUUCAAGACCAAUGCGCAUGCUGAUCCGGAGUCCCAUCGUCACCGGACUCUCCUUAUACCUCGCCCUUGUCUAUGGCUACCUUUAUCUCCUCUUCACUACCUUCUCGACAGUUUUUCCAGAACAAUACGGCUUCGGUAUCGAUACGUUGGGCUUGGCUUUUCUGGGGCUUGGGAUAGGGUGUAUGCUUGCACUUAUCGUGCUUUCGUGGCUUAGUGACUGGGUACAGGACCGUCUGACCGAAAAGCAUGGAGAGUCGAGGCCGGAAUACCGCCUUCUUCCAAUUGUAUUGGGCAUACCACUGCUCCCGAUUGGCUUGUUUGUCUACGGGUGGACUGCUCAGUACAAAGUACACUGGAUUGUCCCUAUCAUCUUCACUGGCUUCACUGGAGCCGGUCUCAUCUUCUCGUUUCUUCCCACACAGAUAUAUAUGGUGGACGCCUUUACAACUUAUGCGGCUAGUGCGUUGGCGGCAACGAGUGUCGUCCGCAGUAUUGUGGGCGGCUGUCUUCCCAUUGCGGGUCUGCCAUUAUACUCGACGCUUGGUUACGGAUGGGGAAACUCGUUGCUUGGCUUCAUCGCCAUGGUGGUCUCUAUUGCCCCUCUUCUUUUCUGGCGAUACGGAGAGAUGUUGCGGAACAAGUAUGAUGUCAAAUUUGACUGA